AUGACGACAUCUCCCGCCUUGCAUGUCUAUGCUGACGACACAUCGCUGGAUGCAACAGAUGGCUGGACCAUGCCCCAAGAGCCGGAGCUUGCAUCCCGGCCCUCUGGCGUCAGCGAUGCUGCUGGAGCCUGGAUAAAGCGAAUCUGCUUACAGCAUGAGAACACGAGCACCGAGGCACUCUUUGCGCACUUUCAGGAGGUGCCGAAACGCGCAGAGCUGACGUAUUACAACGACAUCUUCCUGCCCGUGAUGAGCCGCUAUCCUCCCCACGAGCUGAUGGCCCAGGCAGAUGCUCAGCCGCACGUCGCCCCCCUGCCCCACACCAUCGGACCAAGCAGCAAGGGGCUUACUGCAGUCCCUCGCCGGGUCCUGGGCGACGUCACCAACCGCACGCCCACACGCCUUGUCCGCUGA